AUGCAUCAUAUCAAAGAGGCUUUCGAGCAUCUGAAAGCUAGAAACGGUCCUGGCCAACAGCCUCCCCACCAGGAUCAUCAAGGUGGUGGGUUCCCGGGCAGCCAGGUCCAGCAACCCACCCAACCUCAACAACCCCUGCCUCCACAGGUACCUCCGGGUCAUCACAAGCACAGCCCACUGUCCGGAACGACUCAAGGCGCGAUCGAUGUAUUCAUGGCUUCCAAGCAGCCGAACGGCGAGAUCGGCGGCAUAGGAUAUUGGCAGACGGCCAACGGCUACACGUGCAUUGCUCUGAGAGAUGCUUGGUCUGGAAGCAAUCGCAAUGCCACACUGCUCCGUGACCGACUAUCGACAGUAGAGAGCCAUCACAAGCAUUUCAUCAAUGAAUUCAAUGACGAUACCCUGUGGUGGGGUAACUGUCUACUCGAUGCUUAUAUGACCAACCCGGAUCCUUACUACCUCGAGAAUGCUCGCAAAAUCUGGCAGCAUGUCAAACGUAGUAUGUUGUUGCCAGGUCAAGCCAAGGUGAGAGAUAUGGACAUGGCUGGCGCGGUCAUGUGGACCACUCGGCAAAACGAAGAACAAGUCAACGCUAUCACUACCGGUCUCUUCUCUGAGCUCUCUGCUCGCCUGGCUUUACUCCAGAAGCCAAGUCGGGAGACUGCAGAAAUGCUCGAUGUGGCUGAGAAGAGUUUCGCUUGGAUUGAACGCUGCCGUUACCGCUCGAAUGAGUGCAUUGUGCUCGACACGAUCAAGCUGAGGUCGCAAGAAUGCGUCGACUGGACAUUCACCUACUGCACCGGACAGGCUAUAGCUGCAGCCACUGCAAUCUUCGCAGCAUUCAGCUUUGGUCAUCAGAGCACGCAUAGCAACAAGUCGCCACACGAGUACCUCUCGCUAGCAUGUGCCAUGGCGCGUAAAGCAAUCUGUCGUAAUGGUUGGGUUGAGCAAGACGGUACAUUGACCGAACAUGGCGCUUAUGGAAAAGGCAACCACGAGCCGUGGAAGAACGAUGAUGCCGUUGGCUUCAAGUCUGUCUUGCUGCGCAGUCUGGCCAAGCUGCUCAAAGUCCUACGUGACACCAACCAAGAGCCAGAUCUGCAGCGUCAGUUGACCGAGUUCAUAAAGAAACAAUUCGACAGUCUGCAGCAGCGCAACACGAACGGGAACCAUCAAUAUGGUCCAUGGUGGGCAGGACCUAUGGAGAUGCCGACGAGCCAUAGUCAGAUGGCAGCGCUGGAUGUUAUGGCGGCUAUUCAUCUUGCUCAGCAAUGA